CGUUGGUCGACCGAUAUCACUCGUGACCUGCAAAAAUAAGGAACUCAAGACUCAGGAAUCGUCAGUCACCAGACAUCCUAAAAGCAUGCCACCAAUGAAUGCGUUCGGCCUUUGACGCCUUUUGUUAUCCUCUGAAUCCUCCAAGCUCCUGUGUUUCUCAACCUCUUCCAGCUGGCACUCCCCGGGAUUACCUCACACUGGGUACCUCAUGCGCCACUUCUGACGCACUUUCACCCCACCUUCCCGCCUGUCACCGCAUAGGUUGCUACGACCAUCGCGACGACGAUCCCUCGCUUCAACUGCCUGGCACUGCAUCAGCCACUCGAUUUAUCAAGAUAGUCCUUCACAAAUGACAUGGCACCGGACCUGAACUCUCUUCCUUCAUCUCCUCCAUCUCUGCCCAUCCGAUCCAGAAUGUCAUCCACCAACGGCGAAGCUCCUCUCCCUCCUGCGGCCGGCGGUCCAGCUCCCCGUGGAGAGUCCCCCGCUGGCUCGCCGCGACGGCAGUCAACCUCUCUGCAGGCUGCAGCUACGCUGAACGCUAGCCUUCAAAACGAACCGUCUCGACGCUCCUCCAGCGGUUCCGUAUCUCGAAGUCGACAGUCACCCAAUGCUGGCCGAAGAAUGUCCACGGUUCUGAUGAACCUGCAGCUUAACGAUCCCUCUCUUCCCGGCCCGGGUGAAAUGGUCGCAGAUAACCAACAUGGGCAGACUGGUGCGACUACCGCUAGUCCGCAGCUCAUGACAACCUCUCCCAUGAUGGUUCCCGGUGGUGAUCCCCACCACAAUCGGGCACCCAGCCUGGGAGAGCUCCACCAGGAGCUUGAAGCCGAACAGGAAGCUCAAGUCAACCGCCUCCUCCAGAUGAUCCGCCAGCAGCAGUUGCAGCUCCAGCAACUCCAAGCUGGCCAGGGACAGAGCUCUUCCGCCGUCGAGGACUCUGCUAUCGCUUCUGAGAGAUCCAACCAAGGAACCCCCAUUUCGCAGCCGCCCUCUGGCUUCGCGCCGCUGCCUUCCUCGGGCUCGUUCUCGCGAUCCCCGGUUGCGCCCCACCCACGAAGCUCCUUUGAUAUGGCGAGAGCAGACAUCCAGCGCCGCUCUCGAACCCCGAGUCGCGGCGCCUCUCCCAGACUGCGCUCGACAUCUAUAAGCGGCGACAGCGGCGAACAGUAUACCCUCGGAGGUCGAGACGAAAGUGCCUUUUACCAGGCCGAGACUCAGAUGCUGGUCAGGGAGAAUCAGAUGCUCCGUCACCGCAUACGAGAUUUGGAGAAACAAUUGACGGAUCUGCUGCCUGCAACCAGUGUUCCAGGCAACCCCAGCGAGCCUGCACACCCAUCCCACCUUAGAGCUACUGCUGCCGGUGAGGAGGUUGCUGCACCCUCGACUGCGCAAGGUUCAAGCGAAGUGGCCAAGGAGGCGUGAUUGGAAUGUACAUUUUAUGGCGGACACCGGGGUAUCUGGCGUUUGGGAAAACUUGCUACAUCUCUCACGAUUGCAAUGACAUGGCUUAGGCGUUGGUCGGACGGGCGGGAUGGGUCCGUCUCUGUGUUAUUAUGAACUCCAGUAUCAAUAAAGGAGUGUUCACAACUUUAGAUGCGGUGUUGAAGCUGUUUUCGUGAUGAAAAGCCGGGGGCGAUGCUGGGAAUGCUAACCCGUUGGUGUAUUGCAUGGCUCAUUAACAGAUCACGACUCGAGCGUGCUUUAGCUUUGGGGCAUCUGAGAAGGUGUUGAACUUACGCAGGGCAAUUCUUGUCAAUUUCUUCGUUGGCUGGAGCAAAAAGGUGC